AGUGUGCUUACCCAUCGACUACGCUCCCACAUCGGAAAGAUGGUGCUUCCAUCAAUGUCUCACCCGCUCGAGUGGGUUCAGUCAACAAAAUCAGAUCCAUCUCGGAUUAGUUUUCUUGACCUGCCGCGUGAGAUCCGGGACGAAAUCUACCAACAUGCAUAUUGUGUUCUCGGUGAUAUCUUCAUGUUUACAGAGGACCCAUUCAAAGUCAGACCCGUAGUGAAAGCAAAAGUAGUAUGGAAUAAGAGUUCAGACGGAGAAGCUCAUGAUCCGAUCUCCAUUGGCAAGGUCAUUCCCGUGUCGCUGCUCAGGGUCUGUCGACAAUUACAUGCUGAGUCCAGUGAAGUCCUUUUCGGAUAUAACACAUUCCGCCUUUAUUCCAGUCACGUCGGGUUUGGGCCUCGAUACCAACAUCUCGUUCGAAACAUUGUAUUUUCAACCGAUUCCAUGAUCCAAAAGAUAUUUGAGAAUGACUUGGAAAGUGUGGGGUACUGGUGGCGUAGGUACUUCUGGAAAGACAUUUAUUCUAAGAGCGAGCGAUUGUUAGAAGCUUUCCCGAAUCUCGAGAAGCUCACUUUCCCUAUCAAAUCGAAUCGGCAUGGCCAAAGUUGGAUUCCGGUAUUCAUGGCGGCUGGCCAGAGAACAAGAGAAUAUCGCGUGAACAUCGCUGCACUUUGGUUGAAAUCCAAAUGUCCCAUCGAUAACGAUCGCCUGCGUGAUUGUUUACACAUGGAGAUAACGCAUAACGGGAUACAAAAAUCGAUGUAUGCGGGGUCGAGGUUCGCACUGUUCACACUGGAAGAUGAAGAAUGGGAUCACACCGAAUUUGCCGAAGCAUUUGAGAAAAUGAAGUUUCUUUGACAGCAAACAUGAUGAGAAACAAGUAGCAAGGCUAAGCGCAUUGGCCACUAUCACCUCGAUUAUCACCUCGAUUAUCACUUCGACAAUCACUUCGACAAUCAUUCGACAAUCACUUCGACAAUCACUGGUUCGGCAUUGCCACCCCGCUGGUGCAGCCGUACUACUACUUAAACACGUGCCUUUCCACCAGCAAACCUCUCGUCAGGCACCAUUUUCAUCGAUCACCAACUUUCCUCUCUCAACAUCUUGCUCCGGUUACAGCAAGCAAUCGAUCACGAUGGAUGCCGCGCCUUUCAUUGCGAUCUUCAGUGCUUUGGCGGACAUUCACAAACAGAUGGCUAGCCUAGCAAACCACGUUCAAGAUAUUGAC